AUGGCGCCACUGGCCGUUCUCUUCGCUCUCUCGAUAUCGGCUUUGGCUUCGGCUUCCUCGACGCCCUGGCCCAACUUCAAGCAGCUGGACCCGGAUGGCUCGGUCUUUGAAUACGUGGCCUUGCAAUCAGCGGAAGAGCACAACAGCACCUUCGCUUGGCUGCUCUCAGCCGUAGACGAAAAGGCCAAGUCGAAGUACCGAGACAUCGAUGCGCAGUGGCAGGCGGGCCAGCUGUUUGUGCCCUGUGUGUGGUCUCGGCGCAUGGUACUGGUGAAGCUGUCGGAUGGAGGAGUUUUGGUGUACUCUCCUGUGGAGCUGUUGCCUGAUGUGGAGCUGGCGCUGCGCAGGCUUGGGGGUGUCAGGGUCAUUGUGCUGCCGAACAGCCAGCACGCCGUACACUGGGAGGCCUGGAAACACGCCUGGCCGGAGGCUCACGUGAUCCUCCCCCCUGGCAUCCAGAUUCCCAGUUGGGCCAAUCCUUUGAUCGUCAGUCCAGGAGAGGCUCCGGAGCCGGUGAAGGAGAUCUUGAAGGAUUUCCGCAUCGAAGUGAUCGGCCAAACGGGCUUCCCUGAGAUCGUCUUGCAGCACAGCUCAAGGACUCUGCUGACCUGCGACUUUGUCUAUUUCGGCUCUACGGAUAAGGAGGACCUCACCGGGCGGCCGCAGGUGGGCGCGUGCACGGAGCUCUACGCCACGGCCUUCGUGGCGCCGGGGCCGAAGGAGGUCCUGCUGCCCACCUACCGCCUGCACCUGCAGGAGGCCGACAAGACCAACAUCUCCCGCAGCCUGCGGACUCUUUUGGCCUGGCAUCCGCUCAAAAUCGCCUCCGCCCACGCGGGGAAGGUCUCGGCAGGCGGUGCAGACGAGGCCGCCGCCAUCUUACGCGGCACAUGGAGCUGGUGCGUGGCGUCCAAAGACUUCGAAGACACCUGCACGGAGUGCCUCAGCGAGCUGCAAACCAUUUGCUCUUCGGCUCUGUCCGCCGAGGAGUUCAAGGUCGCCCCCUUCGACUGGACGCCUGAUGUUCAGCUGGAGGCCUUCGGCUCCACGCGUCAGAAAACGGCGCUCAUGAGCUCGGACUUAGACGUCCGCAUGAGCUUCCAGCAGUUUGAAGUGCACGGGCAAGAGAGGCAGCUGCGCUACCUCAGGGCCGUGGCGGCGGUGCCCGGGCGCCGGUUCCGGGUGCUGAAGACCAUCGCGGCGCGGCUGCCGGUGCUGCGGCUCCACUUCGACGCGCGCCUGGAGGUGGACCUCACCAUGGGGGACAGCGAGGGCUCGGGCGUGGACCGCUGGGUGCGGCAGCUGCUGGACGAAGAGGCCCUGGGGCCUGCGCCGCUGCGCUUUGUGCGCCUGGCGAAGGCCUUCUCCAAGAAGCAGGGCCUGGUGGAUGCCUUCGGAGGGUUCUUGAACUCCACGUCCUGGAUCUGUUUGGCCGUCUGCUUUUUGCAAAGCGAGCGCUACCUGCCGUGCGGGGACAAGGCGACGAGGUUGUGGCCCCUGCAGCUCACAGUGGGCCUUAUGGUGAGGUUCUUUGCCUUCGUUGAAGCAUGCAACCGCAGCCGCAUCUCCAUCCGCACGGGACUGGUGCAGCGCCGCAAGAGUAGUUGGAGCGGCGGCUUGCCCGCGCACCUCUACGUGGAGCACCCUGAGAAGGAAGGAUUCAACAUUGCCAGCUGCUUGACGGAGGAGGGCUGGCUGGAGAUCCUGCGGAAGUGCCGUUGGGCAAGGAAGCAGCUGUCGCCGAAGGCUUCGCCGGACUUGCGGAAGGUGGUUGCUGAAGUCUUUGGCUGA